AUGAUGAACAUCUUUGGGCUAAAUGGGCAUGCUUCACCAGACAAUCCUGACAUCGGGUGGGCCGGCAUUGAUGUCCCUGAAUAUUCAAAGCCAUAUCUGAACACCCUUUCAGCUUUGCGGGAUGCGGUCCGCCGGCUUACAAAGUCAAAUGCCCAUAUCACGUCUCAAACUCUCGGUAGUAUUAUAAAUACUAUCGGCUCAAGCGCGGACCUGGGGCAUUCCAUGUCAGAUCUAGCACUCCCAUACGUGGAGGUUCUGAGGAAAUUCAAAGACCAAAUUGCAUCCCUGAACUUAGGUACAACUGAAGUAGACCCAAACCAGCUUUUGAGUGGCUGUGCCAUAAUACGUCCAGUCACAAGUGACCUGAUUAAGACCCGCCAGGGACAAACUGAGCGAAAACUUCAGGCACAAAAGCGCAAGGUAGAAGAGGGACGCAAGCAAGCUGAGAAGAUGGAAAAGGGGAGGCUCAGCCCUUAUGAGAUGUUUCGAACUGACGAGUUUACUGCAUGGGAUCAGGACGGCGUGCCAACAAAAGAUUCAGAAGGGAAAGACCUCUCAAAAACUCGUGUGAAGAAGCUGAGGAAGGAUUGGGAGAGGAAAAAGAAGUUGCAGGAGGCAUGGAUGUCUGCGGCUUCGAAACCUACCCACGACCUUUUUUCAUAUACAUCAGGACGGUUUUUAUACAAUGAAAGCGCACGGUUGCGAGAAAGAUAUGUCGAAUUUGACGUGACUGCCCUUAAAGAGGCAGUGACCAAGCAUACCGGUGCUAAAGUUACCAAUCUCGCGAAGCUCGGAGAGGGCGGUUUCAACCGAGUUCUCAAUGCGACACUUGAAAACGGACUGCAGUUGGUUGUCAAGAUUCCGUAUCCUCUCUCGGUACCAAGAAAGUAUGCCACUGCCAGCGAAGUUGCAACACUUACAUUUCUUCGCUCAAAGGGGAUACCUGUCCCGAAAGUAUAUGGGUGGUCAGCAACCGACGAAAAUGCAGUUGGAGCUGAGUAUGUUAUAAUGGAGCUUGCAUCAGGUAUAGGCCUUGAUACCAGAUGGUUCAGUAUGACGAAGAAACAACAACAAACUGUGGCACUGGGGAUUGUUGGCAUAGAAAAAACCCUAUUCGAUAUUCCCUUUGGUUCCAUUGGAAGUCUGUAUUUCAAAGAAGACCUACCUCUCGAACUACAGCAUAAUCUCUAUCUUCCUGGGGCCUCGGACCCUGAUGGAGAUUGCAAUACCUUUUGCAUUGGACCUAUUGCGGACUACAUGUUCUGGUACGGCAAACGUUCAGAGUUGAAAUUAGACCGCGGCCCUUGGAGUGACCCGUGCCAAUAUCUCAGAGCAAUUGGGAAUCGUGAACUAGAAUGGACCAAAAAAUAUGGAAACCCCCUUGAAAAGGAGUUCCCUUACAACACACUCCUUCCUGGAACUAUCCCUCAUGAGAAGUAUGCUGCAUUACUUGAAAAAUAUCUGGCAAUUGCUCCUUUUUUUCUUCCCAAGGACCCGCUAGACCCCGGUAAUCAACCGACGAUUCGACACCCAGGUAUCGCAGAUCUCACACCUGCUAAUGUUAUUGUGUCCCCCGACACAUUUGACAUUACUUGCAUCAUUGAUUGGCAACAUGCUGUUAUCACCCCACUCCUGCUCGCUGCUGGGCACCCGAAGAUGUUCGAAAAUCCAGACGUAGAACCUCCAGAAACGCUAGAAGUGCCGAAGCCUCCAGAGGGAUAUGAUACUCUUGACAUUGAAACAAAAAGCCAGGUUGAUGAGCUCCUCAGGCGACGUUAUCUUCAUUAUCUAUACCGCGUUUUCAAUGGAGCUCGGAAUAAAAGCCAUCUCUCUGCCUUUUACGACCCUGUAUUACAACCUCGACAGCAUCUUGUUGACCACGCCGGUCGCCAAUGGAGUGGAAACAUCAUAACUCUGCGGGGUGCCUUGAUGCGGAUGUGCGGAUAUUGGCCUCUUUUAUCGACCAAGGAGGAAUGCCCUAUCUCUUUCACUGAUGCAGAAUUAAAAAAGCACUCUGAGGAUGAGGCAAUGUGGUUCGACUUAACCGCCCUAGUUCACUAUUGGCGUGAUGAGCUUGGUGGACUAAGUGAGGAGGGGUGGAUAAGGUCGGAAAUGUUCGAUCAUGCCAUGAAAAGGAAUAAGGAGCUUCAGGAAAAAUUCAUCAAUGAUGCUGAUCCUGAUGAGGUUGAAAUGGUUGAAGCGAAUGUCCAAAUUAACUACCGAAGGGAGAAGCUUAAUAUAUGGUUCAAGGAGAAGGCCCAAGCUUCCCGGGGCCGAGGCGAGCCUUUUUUUUAUAUAUCAUGUGACAUGGUUAUAAUGGAACUCACCACGCCAAGAGCCUUUCCCGGCUCCAAAGGCGAAAUGGAAGGGCUGCGAGUGGUUGUUGCAUAUGUUGUAUUAUUCCGUACCAGCGUUGUCGUCGGAGCGCAUGGCACAGCUAUGUUGGACACUGGGCGGCGGGGCAACGAACUGUACGAUGGGCCAAAGGCAGAGUGCCGACACUGCAUAUUCCGAACACCGCCAAACCCAAGGGCUCAGACUCAAGAUAUGAGGAAAACGGUACGACACAGAGAUGUUACCGUUACAAAUGGUGUCCUCGGGUAUGCUCACAACUGCUCUGUCUGGACGCAGGAGCAUCUGAUGCCCUGCGAACAGCGAAACCUCCAGCUUGAGGAGCUAAAUCUGCUCAUACUUUUCCUGGUGACUGUGAUGAUGGUUGCAAAAGGGCCAAAGGAGCAGGGAUGCGAGCAGAAACUUAUCUAUUUCCCCCAGGGUAACCUAGGACAGCUUGGUCCGAAAGCGGUGUCUGCAGCAGCGGCAUCUGAAUACUGGAAGGCAAAAUGA